GUCAACUGUUUGAACUGAUGUCAAAAUUUGUUUUUGUUUCAAAAAACCAUCAAAAAACCUAUGUAAAAAUAAUAAUAAUUACAUUAAUUUCUACAAACUGAAAAUUGUAGUUUAUAGUGUUGUUAUUGCGUAGAUAGUAUGUCUAUUAGCUCUUGAACAAAUCAAAUUUAUACACUAGUCCUUUCUACUCAAAAUGAAAGAUUCAACAUACUUUAUUGUUGCAUUAAUCUUGAGAUAUGUGGUAUCAACACCAUUAAUUGUUCCUGAUCAAUGUAUAGGUAUUUGCAAGGAAGCAAAGCUGCCUCAUUUAGAUCUGGAGAACUAUGAGCAAAUAGUUUGUCAGAGAGGUUGCCGAUUUUUUAAUAUUAUCAACAAAUUGAAAUUUGAUAUGAAAAUUAACACAACAAAGAAAGAGUGCCUAAUUUCUUGUGAAGAAUCAUAUCUUGUGAAAAAGGAGAAUGAAAUAUGCCAAACAGGAUGCAAUGAAAUGGGAAAGAUCCAAGAGAAUCUGGUAUCUAAUUUGCUCAUAGAAACAGAAAACAGUAUUGUGCUUGCAAGCCCAGAACAGGAAAUUGAAUUUGAUGUACUAUCUGAUCCAAGUUUGAAAAGUCAGCUAGAAGUUGGUUUCAAUGUGGAGUACAAAAUACCUGAAACACACAUUAUAACUAUGCCUAUUGAGAUAACAGAAGAAGUGAUUCAGGUUAAAGAAUCUGGAGACUGGUUGGAUUGUGCCUCACGUAAUUCAGGAAUACCAAGAUGGAUUCUGCUAUCAGCUAUUUUAGCAGCAGUUCUCAUUGCUCUAUGGCUCAGUUUCUCCACUGAUAAAAGAAAUAAUCAAGAAGAGGAGGAAAACAUUGUUGACAUAGAUAUACCUGAUGAUAAAUUGAUAUUAGAAACAAAUGAAACUUUGAUGGAAAAAGAUCAAACUGAUUUGGAUUGUGUGCCUAUUUUGGUUGUUGGCAAAAACCACAUUUGUCAAGAGUUACCACCCAAAUAUUCUCCAGAAAAUGAGAAAAUUUAACUCAUGCUUUCAUUAUGUUGUUUUUAUAUGUGUUUUAGCAUAGAGGUUGCAUAAUAAUUAUGAU